GCAUCCCUCGCGCAGCCGCGUCCUUCCGCCUCAGCCGCCGUAGACGAGCAGCAGCCAUGGCUCUGCGCUACCCCAUGGCCGUGGGCCUCAACAAGGGCCACAAGGUGACGAAGAACGUGAGCAAGCCGAGGCACAGCCGGCGGCGCGGGCGCCUGACCAAGCACACCAAGUUCGUCCGGGACAUGAUCCGCGAGGUGUGCGGCUUCGCUCCUUACGAGCGGCGCGCCAUGGAGCUGCUCAAGGUGUCCAAGGACAAGCGCGCGCUCAAGUUCAUCAAGAAGCGGGUGGGGACGCACAUGCGCGCCAAGAGGAAGCGUGAGGAGCUGAGCAGCGUGCUGGCCGCUAUGCGCAAGGCGGCGGCCAAGAAGGACUGAGCCUCGGUCCCCCCAAUAAACCCUUGUUUAUGCCGA